AUGCAGACUGUUGGAAGCUUAAUAAUUUCAUCAGCUAUACUUCUUACAAGUCUUCAAUUUGUCAAAGCUGCCAGUCCAUUUGAUUCUGUCUUUAAAAAAGCAGCUGAAGAAGAUCAAAGAGAUAGAGAAAAAACUCAAGAAUUGCCACUGAAAAAUACAAUCUUUGAUUUUAUCAUUGUCGGCGGAGGUUCGGCAGGAUGUGUGUUAGCCAAUCGACUAUCAGAGAAUCCCAGGUGGAGUGUUUUAUUGAUAGAGGCCGGAGGCAAUGAAAAUAUCGUUCAUGACAUGCCGAUUCUGGCGCCCAAUUUACAAAAAACUGAUUCCGAUUGGCAAUACAAAACUACACCUCAGGAAAAUGCUUGUUAUGGAAUGCGCAAUAGACAAUGUUCUUUUCCACAUGGUAAAGUACUCGGAGGAUCCAGUUCCAUUAACUAUAUGUAUUAUACUCGGUGCAAUAUGAGGGAUUACGAUAAUUGGGCUGCACUAGGAAACUAUGGAUGGUCUUUCCCGGAGGUUUUUCCCUACUUCCUGAGAUCCGAAGGGGCGCAUUUGAAAGGUUUGGAACAGUCCCUUUGGCACAAUCGAACUGGAGAACAAAGUGUUGAGUUUGUCGAAUUUAAAAGUGAAAUAGCAAAGUAUUUUGUGAAGGGCGCCCAAGACGCAGGACUCAAGUCUGUAGAUUAUAACGGCUAUUUACAAUUAGGUGUUUCCUUUGCCCAAGCCACUAUUCGCAAUGGACACAGGGCUAGUUCAGCAAAAUCGUUCAUUGAGCCCAUCCGGCAGAUUAGAAGAAACCUUCGAGUGAUCAACUUUUCAACGGUGAUAAAGAUAAAUAUUGAUCCCACAACUUUGACAGCGUAUGGAGUUGAAUAUGUUUACAGGGACAUAAUGUAUUCUGUUCGAUCAAGAAAAGAAACAAUACUAUCUGCGGGAGCAUUGCAUUCUCCUCAGUUGCUUAUGUUGUCCGGUGUUGGACCGGGAGAGAACCUUGAACGUGUUGGAAUACCACAACUUGUUGAACUUCCUGUUGGUCAGAUUCUAUAUGAUCAAGUUUCUCAUUUCGGACCAGUUUUUACCACAAAUACCACUGGAUCGACAUUGCUUGAAAAUACAAUCACUCAGAAAGAUCUUGAUCAAUAUUUUGCUGGAAGUUCAGCGACAAGGAUUUCCUCAACUGCAGGAUUUGAAACAAUAGCAUUUCUUCGAACCCAUAACUCAGAUACACCCACAGAUGUACCAAAUAUUGAAAUAGCAAUGGGUGCAGUUAGUUUGGCAAGUGAUGGUGGCAAAGUUAUUAAAGAAGCUGGAAACUUUCACGAUGACAUUUACCAAAAGGCUUUUAGCGAAUUGGAAAACCGUGAUCAUUUUAUCACCUUUCCUUUGCUUUUAUAUCCGAAAUCAAAAGGCAAUAUUUGGUUGAGAGAUCAAAAUCCAUUUAGCCCUCCAGAAAUUAAUCCAAACUUUUUGAAAGAACAAGAAGAUGUUGAGUUACUCUUGGAGGGUAUAAAAGAGGCAAUUCGAAUCGCCGAAACACCUUCAAUGCAAAAGAUCAAUGCAACUUUGUGGAAACGUAAUGUUCCGGGAUGUGACGAUUUGGAAUUCGCUACUGAUGACUAUUGGAGAUGUUCAAUUAGAGUCUUAUCGUACAAUAUUUAUCACUACAUUGGAACGUGUAAAAUGGGACCAGAUAGAGAUCCAAUGGCAGUUGUUAGCCCACAACUUAAGGUAAGAGGUGUAAGAAGAUUGAGAGUUGUCGACAAUAGUGUUGUGCCAUCAAUGCCGGCAGGACAUACAUAUGCGGUUGCAGUUAUGAUUGCGGAAAAAGCAGCUGAUUUAAUUGAGAAAGAAUGGGAGCCAAAUUGUUGUUCUAUUGAUUAAA